GCGCUGGGGGCCGAAUGAAACCUGCUUAUCUGUGAAAUGCAGUUAACACAUCAGCUGGACCUAUUUCCUGAAUGCAGGGUAAAAAAAAUGUUAUUUAAAGAUGUAAAAAAUGCGAAAAAAAAGAGAAGAAAGGCCAUGGAAGGCACCAAAAAAAAAUCACUGAUAAAUCCUACAGUGAUUGUCGAUCCAUUUCAGAUACUUGUGGCAGCAAACAAAGCAGUUCACCUCUACAAACUGGGAAAAAUGAAGACAAGAACUCUAUCUACUGAAAUUAUUUUCAACCUUUCCCCAAAUAACAAUAUUUCAGAGGCUUUGAAAAAAUUUGGUAUCUCAGCAAAUGACACUUCAAUUCUAAUUGUUUACAUUGAAGAGGGAGAAAAACAAAUAAAUCAAGAAUACCUAAUAUCUCAAGUGGAAGGUCAUCAGGUUUCUCUGAAAAGUCUUCCUGAGAUAACAAAUAUUACGGAAGUCCAAAAGAUAUAUAAACUCUCUUCACAAGAAGAAAGUAUUGGGACAUUAUUGGAUGGUAUCAUUUGUAGAAUGUCAACAAAAGAUGUUUUGUGAAAUAUCAGAAAUAUUAACAAAACUCAGCAUUAAAGAAAACAUUGAUUUUUCUUCCCUGA